GUGUUUGUGAUGCCCUGUGCCACAGCCCACAUGCUGCUGAACCUUCAAUACCUGGACCUGUCCGACAACCUGCUGACCGACCUGACUCUGACUGAGACGCUGUGCAACGGUGACGGCACGCUGAAGGACCUCCGAGUCUUAAACGUCAGCGGAAAUGCUCUGAAGUCUUUGUCCACGGUGAGCCGGCUGGUGACGAAUCUCUCCAAACUGACCCACCUGGACGUCAGCAGGAACGGAUUCAUCUCCAUGCCCGGGGGCUGCUCCUGGCCUUCCACCCUGCGAUACCUCAACAUCUCCUGGGCCAAACUCACAACCAUCUCACCCUGUCUACCCGAAACUCUGGAGGUUUUGGAUCUGAGCAACAACGAUCUAAAAGCCUUCAUUCUGAUCCUUCCUGCCCUGAGAGAGCUCCAUCUCUCUGGGAACAAGAUACUGAGCCUUCCCCCUGGAUGGAUGUUCCCAAACCUGCAAACACUGACCAUACAGGUGAGGACCAAUCUUAAUAUUUCUUAUU